AUGUCCUCCAUAGUAAUACCCGUGUUCAAAUCCACCAUCGGUUUGCUAGCCAGCAAAGGCAGAGAUAAGAUCGCGGAGAUUCUGAAAGAUGGCGAUGUAACAGAUCAAAAAUUCCACUCCCUGAUCGUCAAGGAAAUCGACGAAAUUAAGUCAAAGUUGGACGCGUUAUCGAGGAAGGAUUUAGAAGCGAGUAUCAGUUUCUUUAAGGAAGGAAUUGCGUUGUUGUAUGAAGUGUUUAAGAUAGCAAACACUAGAGGCGAGUGUGGCGCAGUAAAAGCACAAGCGGCUUGCAAUGAAGCAAUUCCCCUUAUUGAAGGAAUCAGAAGGUUAGAGAUUACUGGCCUGGAUGAAUCUGCUACAAGAAAGCUUUCCACUGCAAAAAAAAGAUUUGAAGAUGCUCGAAGGAAAGCAACAGAAGCGUUUAAUAACGAAAGCCUUGAAACAUCUGACCGCAUUCUGGCCAUGAAGUAUCGAGUAAUGGCGACCAUAUUAGAGACAGUAGACAAUCCCGCUGAUGCUCUGGCACCAUGCAGGGUGUGUGUAGAGGAACUAAACUCUCUGCCAGCAGUAUAAAAUAACUUUGAUGUUCAGCUCAAGACAGGCAUUCAGGCAGUAAGAAGUUUGCUAGAUAAAGAGGAAAGAAUGGAAAUCAUCUCCAGUGUCUGUCACGUGAAUCGUGUCAUCUAUGAUGUCACGCGAACAUUCGGUGGAGACGCACACUUUUGGAUCUGGCCUACAGUUGAGACUGGAGGCAACAAAAUCAAUCCAUUGUAUGACGCAAGAGUAACCAAAGUACUUGUUCAACAAGGCAUGGAGCACUGUUGUGUAACACCAUGGUCACUUAGACAGGGGGAUGAGAAGGAACACAGGCUGAAUGACCCGAAAGGUAUCACUACUAACUCCAGCGGAGAAUUCAUUGUCGGGAAUCGUAGAAAUCGUUGCGUGGUAUUUGACAGAAACGGUACGUUUGUGAAACAUUUCAGUCGCCCUACCGAUGACGUCAAUAUAAAUUCAAAUAUUGUAGAUGUAGCCACAGACAUGAAAGACAAUAUCUUUCUGCUGACCGUAGUGGUGGAGCGUAGUUAUGAGUGCUUUUGGUGGGUUUAUAAACUUACUAAAACCGCCGAACUGCAUCACAAGUUUCGUUUGAGGGGAGAGGGCUAUAAUUUUUACAGAGGACUGUCAGUCAGUGAUACAGGGAAAGUAGUGACACUGACGGACUUCGGGCGUGGAGUGGCGGAAUAUGACAGUGAUGGAAAGUUUGUUCGCAAUUUUGGAGAAGAAAUAUUGAAGUUUGCGAAGGAUAUCACUGUUGCUAAUGAUGGCCGUGUUUUAGUAUUGGACAGUGAUGAGAAUUCCUUCCUUAGUGAUUUUGGCAAAGAAGAUUUCUUUGUUCACAUAUUCAGUGAACACGGCAACCAUCUGAACAAGUUUAAACUGAAACAAAGGAAUUACUUUGAUUACACGUGCAUUACAUUUCACCCAGCAAGUGAACAUGUCGUUGUCGCUGGCAGAGGACCAGAGGGAGACCUCCUGGAGUUUAAAAUAUACAGCAAAGAUGGUGAGUUUGUUCGUAGCAUACAAAUCCAAUGUCGUUUUUUCUAUGCAAUAACAGGGAUUACACUGAAUAAUGACGGACGCAUUGCU